GCGCGGGGCGGACCGCAGCCUGGACGCCGCCCGCGGCCCGUCGUCGCGGCCCGGCCCCGCCGCCCGGAGCCAUGUGACCGUGCCCGCCGCCGCCGGCCGCCGCAGCCCGGGCGAGGAGCGGGCGCCGGCGCCAUGGCCGAGCGGGGCCGCCUGGGGCCCGUGGGGCCGCCCGCCUCGCCGGGCACGCCGGUGCCCAUGAACCUGUUCGCCGCCUGGGAGGUGGACGGCUCCAGCCCCAGCUGCGUGCCCAGGUUGUGCAGCCUGACCCUGAAGAAGCUGGUGGUGCUCAAGGAGCUGGAGAAGGAGCUCAUCUCUGUGGUCAUUGCAGUGAAGCUGCAGGGCUCCAAGCGGAUCCUGCGUUCCCACGAGAUUGUGCUGCCCCCCAGUGGACAAGUGGAGACUGACCUGGCGCUGACCUUCUCCCUGCAGUACCCCCAUUUCCUGAAGCGCGAGGGCAACAAACUGCAGAUCCUGCUUCAGCGCCGCAAGCGCUACAAGAACCGUACCUUCCUGGGCUAUAAGACUCUGGCUGCUGGCGCCAUCAACAUGGCUGAGGUGAUGCAGCACCCAUCUGAGGGUGGCCAGGUGCUGGGCCUGUGCAGCAGCGUGAAGGAGGCUGCAGUGAAAGUGGCUGAAAUCUGGAUCUUCUCCCUGUCCAGCCAGCCCAUCGACCAUGAGGACAGUGCCAUGACGGCUGGGCCCAAGGCUAAGGCCACAGACAACUACUCAGAGGAGGAAUACGAGAGCUUCUCCUCAGAGCAGGAGGCCAGUGAUGACGCUGUGCAGGGACAGGACCUGGAUGAGGAUGACUUCGACAUGGGGAAACCCAAGAAACAGCGCCGCUCGAUAGUAAGAGCGACCUCCAUGACCAGGCAGCAAAACUUCAAGCAGAAGGUGGUGGCUCUACUGCGCAGGUUCAAGGUCUCAGAUGAGGUCCUGGACUCUGAGCAGGACCCCGCUGAGCAUGUCCCUGAAGUGGAGGAGGACCUGGACCUUCUCUAUGACACGCUGGACAUGGACCCCAGUGACAGUGGCCCUGACAUGGAGGACGAUGAUAGUGUCCUCAGCACCCCCAAGCCAAAGCUCAGGCCAUACUUCGAAGGCCUGUCCCACUCAAGCUCCCAGACUGAGAUCGGCAGCAUCCACAGUGGCCGGAGCCAGAAGGAGCCACCCAGCCUGGCCGAUGUGCCUGAGAAGACUUGGACCCCGGGGUCCAGGCAGCCAAGCGACAGUGUCCCUGAUGUGGUGGCCCAUAGCCCACCUGCCCCUGGGGAGGCACCCUCACAGCCCGAAGACAGCCCUGAGGCAGAGACCCCCACCCUAGAUGUAUUCACGGAGAAGCUGCCGCCUAGUGGACGCAUCACCAAGACUGAGUCGCUGGUCAUCCCAUCCACCAGGUCUGAGGGGAAGCAGGCUGGCCGCCGGGGCCGCAGCACAUCUCUGAAGGAGCGCCAGCCGGCGCGGCCCCAGAACGAGCGGGCCAACAGCCUGGACAGCGAGCGCUGCCCGGACACACGCAGCCAGCUGCAGGUGACCCCCCCAGGCCAGAGCAGGGUGUGGGCCGUGGUGCCGUCAGCCCCUCACAGUGACCUCGUGUCUCAGAUCCCCAGGAAGACUGUGUAUGACCAGCUCAACCACAUCCUCAUCUCCGACGACCAGCUCCCCGAGAAUAUCAUCUUGGUCAACACAUCCGACUGGCAAGGCCAGUUCCUGUCAGAUGUCCUGCAGAGGCACACGCUGCCUGUGGUUUGCACCUGUUCUCCAGCCGAUGUGCAGGCUGCCUUCAGCACCAUCGUCUCCCGUAUCCAGAGAUACUGCAACUGCAACUCCCAGCCGCCGACGCCAGUGAAGAUCGCAGUGGCGGGUGCCCAGCACUACCUCAGCGCAGUGCUGCGGCUCUUCGUGGAGCAGCUCUCCCACAAGACACCCGACUGGCUGGGCUACAUGCGCUUCCUGGUCAUACCGCUGGGCUCACACCCCGUGGCCAGGUACCUGGGCUCUGUGGACUACCGCUACAACAACUUCUUCCAGGACCUGGCCUGGAGAGACCUGUUCAACAAGCUGGAGGCUCAGAGUGCAGUGCAGGACACGCCCGACAUUGUGUCCAGGAUCACGCAGUACAUCUCGGGGGCCAACUGCGCCCACCAGCUGCCCAUCGCCGAGGCCAUGUUGACCUACAAGCAGAGGAGGAGAAAGAACUUUCACUUUGACUUUACUCUCAGCCCUGACGAAGAGUCCUCCCAGAAGUUCAUCCCAUUUGUGGGGGUGGUGAAGGUUGGGAUCGUGGAGCCUUCCUCGGCCACGUCAGGUGAUUCUGAUGACGCAGCGCCUUCGGCCUCUAGUGUGCUCUCAUCCACCCCGCCGUCCACCUCUCCUGCAGCCAAGGAGGCUUCACCCACACCACCCUCCUCCCCGUCUGUGAGUGGAGGCCUGUCCUCCCCCAGCCAGGGUGCCGGGGCCGAGCUGAUGGGCCUGCAGGUGGAUUACUGGCUGGCAGUGCCGCCUGCAGACCGGAAGAGGGAUGUGGAAAAGAGGGACCUGCCGGCCGCCAAGACCACGCUCAAGUGCAGCUUCCGGUCCCUGCAGGUCAGCCGGCUGCCCAGCAGCGGUGAGGCUGCCGCUACUCCCUCCAUGUCCAUGACUGUGGUCACCAAGGAGAAGAACAAGAAGGUCAUGUUUCUGCCCAAGAAGGCAAAGGACAAGGACAUGGAAGCCAAGAGCCAGUGCAUUGAGGGCAUCAGCCGCCUCAUCUGCACCGCCAAGCACCAGCAGAACAUGCUGCGUGUCCUCAUCGACGGUGUGGAGUGGAAUGACGUCAAGUUUUUCCAGCUGGCUGCCCAGUGGUCUUCCCACGUCAAGCACUUCCCCAUCUGCAUCUUCGGACACUCCAAGUCUACCUUCUAGCCCCCGCGGCCUCCCUUACGCCGCAGUGACUCCAGACAGCCUCCUACAGUGCCGUCCUUGUGAGUGCACCCCUCCCCACACUAACGGGCCCACGCCAGAGCCUCCCGCUCAACCUGCUCCAGAGGGCACACUCCCAGUGCCGCGGCCAAAGCACCGAUGGGGAGGCUUCUUGGAGUCGCACCUUGUUCAUCCUGAUGGCUGUGAGCUGUGUCUCCGGGAAUGGGGCAGCAGGCCCUCGCGCUGGGUACCUGGUCUCACCAGCUCACCCCAAUAAAUUCCAGCCAUGCAGGGCAGACAUCUCUAACGCUUUCAACAUGUGAUAAUGUAGCUGCCAAACAGACCUUGCUCUUCUGCAGUCCCAGCAGCCUGGGGCCAGGCCAGCCAGUGUGCCCCCGCCCCCCAGCCAUCCCUGCUAACCCCCAUCCUGGGUGCUGCUCCUGGGUCCCUGCCACCAUCGCUGCAGCCACCCUGCUCAGUCACCUAUGCACAGUCAGGGCAUGGCCCACACUUCAGCCUAGGAGCCUGCCCUGUACGCCAAGGCCAGUGUAGCCCAGCCAGAGGGGUCAGGCAACAGAGAGGCCCACACUGACCCUCAGCCAGCACUCCACCUCGGGCCUUGGCCGGGGCGACCCACUUCCUGUCAGCAGCCCUCAGAGCUGCUGCUUUCGGGGGGCGGGGGGGUGUUUCGAGCGGCUGUCCCUUCAGGCCCCAGCCCCCUGUGUCCCAUCCACCUCCGUGGCCACUAUGCCCCCUCCUCCUCACUGGGAGCGCUGGGCCAUGCUCACCCCUGUGCCUCGGUUUCCCCAUGCACACGUGGAGGGUGGCUCACCUCCCUGCCUACCUCACGGAGCUGUUCUGAGGAUGGUGUCAAAGCACUUUCUCCCUGAAGGAAGACACAGCAGAGGCCAGUCUCUGGGACGAGCGCUGCAGUGUGAGGGGAGCAGGGCCAGGCUCAGGCCCCAAUAGCGGGCAGCCAGGCAGCCGGUGGUGAGGGCAGGCCCAGCACUGCCUCCCACUCCCGCCUCCCCGCUUGUGUCCAUGCAGGCCAGUGUCCUAAGCCUGGGCGGAGGCUAAGAGCUGGGCACCCUGCCCCCUCCCCCGGCUGCACCUGCUGCCGGCUGGCCCUGAGCCCUCAUGGCCUGGUUGGGCCUGGGCUGGGCGUGUCUGGGCAAGGCCCACUCUGCUCCUGCCGCCUGCUCAUCCCGUAAUUUGGUUUCUAGGACGUGUGUGAUGCUAGUUUUUUUGUUUUUGUUUUUGUUUUUUAAUGGAAACGAGAUUCAUGUACAUAGCGUUUUGGGGAACAGAUUCUAAUCUGUCACGUAUGUGACCACGUGGACUAUUUUAAGGUGCUGAUGUGACACUAAUAAACCUGGAGAAGCAGGUCCC